AAGAUUUAUCAUCCCAUAUGAGACGUUGAUUAACCUAUACAGUGAACCGAACCAUCUAUACUUCUAGGCUGGCCAGCCUCCAUAUAUAUGACUGUGUCGUUGAGCAUCGCUAGAUUUCAUCGCCUCCCUCUCCACAAUCUGUGUUCUCCCUCGCUUAAAUUCGAUCACUAAUCAACUAGUUAAGAAGAGUCAUUCAUGGAGGAGUUAGCUCAUCACUCUUUGUCAGCUCCCAUCAUUCUCACCACCGUCUUUGCGUUAUGUAUAUCUCUUCUUUACAUAACAAGUCUUAUUACAAGGAAGGGAGAUGAUACCAAGAAGCGAUUAGCCAGGGGCAUGAAAACGGCCCCUGAUGCAGGCGGUUCGUGGCCAUUACUCAGUCACCUCCACCUCUUGGGCGGUCCCCUCCCUGCUCACUUGGUCCUGGCUCAGAUGGCCGACAAGCACGGCCCGAUCUUCACCAUCAGGUUGGGUCUCCGCGGAGCCGUGGUGGUGAACACUUGGGAACUUGCAAAGGAGUGCCUCACCGCCAACGACCGGGCAUUUGCCACUCGGCCCAGGACUAUGGGCUCAGAGAUAUUGACCUAUAAGUAUGCGAUGGUAGGCUUCAGCCCAUACAGCCCAUACUGGCGUCAUUUGCGAAGGAUCUCAACCCUUGAGCUGCUUUCCAACCACCGGAUCAGCCUCCUCAGGCAAGUCCGUGAGUUUGAAGUUCUCGCCUCGGUGAGGGACAUAUAUCAGGAAUACCGAAAAAAGAACACCAUUAGCACCAGUGAUUCGAGGGCUGAACCAGCAUCAUCAUUACUCGUGGACAUGAAAAGGUGGUUCGGGAACAUAACUGUGAACAUAAUGUUCAAGAUGAUCGUGGGAAAGCGGUUUAAUGAUGAUGAUGAAGGCGACGAGGAGGCGAGAAAGGCCUUGAGGGACUGGAUUGAGCUCAUAGGGAGAUUUGUGGUGUCUGAUGGGCUCCCGUUCCUGAGGUGGCUCGACUUGGGCGGCCAUGAGAAGGCCAUGAAGAGGACUGCCAAGGAGCUAGAUCGGGUGGUGCAACGGUGGUUGGACGAGCACAAGGCUAGGAGGAACUCGGACAGGGAGGCUGGUGGUGCGGUAAAGAGUGAGCAAGACUUCAUGGAUGUUUUGUUAUCUAUUCUAGGUGAUGCAGAAAUAAGCAGUUACGAUUCCGAUACCAUCAACAAAGCUACAUGCAUGGCGAUGAUUUUAGCUGGCACAGACACUACAACAGUGACCAUGACAUGGGCCGUCUCUUUACUGCUCAACAACAAGGAAGCCUUGAAGAAGGUCCAGCAAGAACUCGAUGGUCAGAUUGGGAAGGACCGGCAAGUGAAUGAAUCGGACCUCCAGAACCUACCUUACCUCCAAGCAAUCAUCAAGGAGACCCUAAGGCUCUACCCUGCGGCCCCGCUUUCCCUCCCCCAUGAGGCCAUUGAGGACAGCAAUAUCUCGGGUUACUUUGUCCCCGGGGGCACCCAGCUUGUGUUGAACCUAUACAAGAUACAACGUGACCCUCGCGUGUGGCCUGACCCGUCCGAGUUCCGGCCUGAGAGGUUCCUGACCACCCACAAGGACUUCGAUGUCAGGGGACAUAACUUCGACCUCAUACCUUUCGGGAGUGGGAGGAGGAUGUGCCCUGGCAUCUCACUUGCCCUCCAAAUCAUAGGCCUCACGCUCGCUUCUUUCCUCCAUGCUUUUGAUAUUCAGGCGCCAGGUGAUGAAGCCAUUGACAUGGAGGAAGCUAUUGGGCUCACUAACCUCAAGGCCUCACCUCUCGAAGUGCUGGUCAGUCCUCGGGUUCCAGAACUUGUGUACCAGUAAUUGCGUCGUGCACAUGCCCAGGACUUUUGGGCAGCUAAAUUUUAAUUUCUUGUCUCGGAAUGACAAUUCCUGCCUAGACUUUUUUGGUAAUGACAGUCCUCCCUUGAACCUUGACUUUUUGGUAUGAAAUUGUCAAAAGUGGACUGCCCAUUCCUUACUAUUUCUUUUUCUUUUGUAAACUAAUAAUUUGCCCUUUAAAAAAUCAAUGGUACAUCAAAUUUAAUCUCGAAAAA